AUGUUUAAGAGUCAAAGGCAGUGGUCCGAUCUUCCUUCUGAACUCGUCUCAGACAUAGCAGACAGUCUAGGCAUCAUCGAGCUCCUGGGUUUCCGUAUUGUCUGCAAGGGUUGGAACUCUGCCUCUUCCACAGCUUCAGCCAAAAUUGAAUCUACACGAGACUUUGAACCUUGGUUUCUUCUGUAUGGGAUGAAUGGGGAUGAUGAUCAUAAAGAUUCUGAUAAUCAAUGCCAGUUAUUGGUAGCUGAGAGUGGUCAAAAGUACACCGUGGAUCUUCCAGAAUUGGAUGGAACAACUUGCCUUGCCUCAAACCAAGGAUGGCUCCUUCUCUUCCAACAAGGAGGUUCAAUGCUCUUCUUUCACCCCUUCUCUCGCACGAAAAUAGACCUUCCGCAAUUCCCAGUCUCGGAACUCUCUGACCUUGUUGCAGCAUUUUCAUCUCCUCCAACUUCCCAAGAUUGCACAGUUUGUGUAGUCAGCCGUAGGAGUGGUGAUGAAUUGGAGCUGAAUGUACUUCACCACGGAGCCAGUGAAUGGAUCCAACACAAGUAUGAUCGUCCCAUAGAUACAAUCAAAUGUGCUGCUUAUGUCAAAGAAGAAUUCUACUUCUUAGAAUAA